AUGUAUACUUUGACUAUUAGUGAUGAGGGUGACUGUUACCAGUGUUUUCCGCCUGACCCGGGCAUUGAGGCUGCUGCUCUAGGUGCUGGUGAGGCUGCUGCUCUAGGUGCCAGUGAGUCUGCUGCCCCAGGUGCUGGUGAGUCUGAGCUCUCAGGUACCGCGCCGGCUCCGGCCACCCACACCUUCACUCUUGACUCGGGUGCUUCCCGCUCCUUCUUUCGAGACCGCACCACGCUUACGCAACUUAGUCGGCCAGUGGCAGUCUCCCAGGCAGACCCCUCUGGGGGUCCUGUCCUUGCCCACUUCUCCACUGUGAGUGGUGCUGACCUCCAAGAUGGAGGGGUUCACCAGUUCACUCCUGCGGGUCAGCGGGUAGCCGCGUCGGGUCAGGUGUUUGCUGCGGCGUCCAGGUCUGGUCCUGAGUCUGCCCCCUGCUCGUGUCGUCUCCUGUCUCACCAAACUCUCCUCUGGCACCACCGCCUUGGUCACCCCUCCCUGCCUCGUCUUCGAGGCAUGGCCUCCCGUGUCCUUCUCUCUAGUCUCCCCCGGUCCCUCCCUCCCCUUCCUCCGGGGCCUGCCCCCACCUGCGUUCCCUGCGUCGAGGGGCGGCAGCGCGCUGCUCCUCACUCCUCCGAGUUUCCUCCGACAGAGGCUCCGCUUCAGACGCUUCACAUGGACGUGUGGGGCCCAGCCCGCGUCCGUGGACAGGGUCACGAGCGUUACUUCCUGCUGGUGGUUGACGACUACUCGCAUUACACCGCAGUCAUCCCCUUGCGCAGCAAGGGUGACGUCACUGAGGUGUUGAUUGCCUGGAUCUGCGCAGCUCGUCUCCAGCUCAGAGAGAGUUUCGGCUCGGACUUUCCUGUUCUACGUCUGCACUCUGACAGAGGAGGAGAGUUCUCCUCUGACCUUCUGCGAGCCUACUGUCGUGCACGAGGCAUCCGCCAGACCUUCACGCUUCCGGACUCUCCGCAGCGAAAUGGGAUUGCUGAGCGCCGCAUUGGCAUGGUCGUGGACGUCGCUCGGAAGGUUGGCGAUACGUCUGCGUUCCAUGUCUGGGGAUCUCGGGCGUUUGUCCGCGACUUGUCUGCGGACAAGCUGUCCCCCCGUGCUGUUCCCUGCGUCUUCCUUGGCUUCCCCCCUGACGCGCCGGGCUGGCAUUUCUACCACCCCACCUCGCGCCGUGUUCUGUCCUCCCAGGACGUCACGUUUAACGAGUCGGUUCUCUACUACCGUCUCUUCCCCUACCGCACUGCGUCCCUCCCCCCCCCGCCGCUCUUCCUUACGCCAGUCGACCCUGUCGAGGUAGCUGUUGACUCUGGUGCUGCUAGGGGUGCUGAGCCUGCGGGUGCUGGGUCUGGGGGUGCUGACUCUGGGGGUGCUGAGCCUGGGGGUGCUGACUCUGGGGGUGCUGCGCCUGGGGGUGCUGAGCCUGGAGGUGCUACGCGUGGGGGUGCUGCGUUUGGGGGUGCUGAGCCUGGGGGUGCUGCGCCUGGGGGUGCGGAGUCUGGUGUGGCGUCUGGCGGUGCUGGGCCUGGAGGUUCUUCGGGUGCUUUGUCCCGGCGAGAGCUACUCUCUCCACACGAGCUGCGUGAGUGGUUUGCCCGGCGCUGGAGGCGAGCUGCUGGAGCUGGAGGUGCUGCGGGUGCUGGAGGUUCUGUUGCUGCUGAGGGUGCUGGUGCCGCGGGUCCCGGAGGUGCUCGUACUGGGAGUCCUGGAGCUGCUGGUACUGCGGGUGCUUCUCGUACUGGAGCUAGUGGUGGUGCGCGCGUCGGUGCUAUUGAGGGUGCUGGAGCUGGACCCGCUGCGUCUUCUGGUGGGCCAGCUGGAGCUGGAGCUGCCGGGGGUGUUGGCGCUGAGGGCGCCUCUGGUGCUAGUGCCUCUGAGGGUACUGGAGUUGGCGCUGUUGGAGCUGGAGGUGCUGCUGGCGCUGGUGCUGCCGCUGGGGGUACUGGUGCUGUCCCUGCUGGUUCUGGAGGCGCUGCGCGGCCGAGGCCAGUGUCCACCGCCUGUCCAGUCCGAGUCACAGUUACAGCCUACCUCUCCUCCGCCUGCUCCUUCUCCCUACACUGGUCCUACUGGAGGUCUUACUGA